AUGUAUUCAAACAGAUCAUAAUAAUAAAAGAAAGAGGACACUUUUAUUCUCGGCUCAGUAAGUCCCACUGACUCACAAACUUAAGAAACUCAAUACAAAUAUCUCCCAUUGGUGACAAAAGCUAUAUAAGGCUAACUAGACCCUAAAUGGCAGGAAUGCAAAAUAAAAGGGAAGAACCUUACUCCUCGUUCGAACUGUGCAAUUACGAUUCAUCAAAACCACCUGUACUUAUACGGAGGGUAUUAGAGUGUUGAUGGAAUUUUGAAGGACUUUUAUAAAUUGAAUUUGGGAGCAGAAUACUUUUAUUGGCAGAACAUCAAAUGUGAUUAUGAGCCAGGUCCUCGUUGUCGCCAUACAUUUUGUGCUUUCAAGGAUAGUCUCUACUUAUUUGGUGGACAAACAGGUGAUUCUAUUACUACAAAUGAAAUAUUUGUUCAUGACGUCAAUCUAGGAUUGUGGACGAAAUUGAGCAUAAAUGAUUCUUACCCCUAACCAUUAGAUAACUAUUGUGCAACUAUUUAUAAUGAUCAGUUAAUUAUAUUUGGAGGCUUUUACACUGCAGAUACAUUUAAACAUUCCAAUGAUUUAUAUUCGUUUAGUUUCACACUAAACAAGUGGGUUAAAUUAAAUAAAUCUAAGGGAAAACAACCUUCUCCAAGAGAUGGCAGUUCCAUAGCCAUUCAUAAUUAGAUUCUCUAUAUGUUUGGAGGUAAGAAUGGAGAUUUGCGUUACAAUGAUUUGUGGCAAUUUGAUUUCUCAAAAUAGGAGUGGCAUUUCAUUCCUGUUAACAAUUUGUUUGAUAUUCCAAUGAGUCGAUCUGGACAUUCACUAAAAGGUUAUUAAGAUGAAUUGAUACUUUUUGGAGGCAUUCAUGACGUAACAUGGGAAUUGGAUGAUUUAUAUAAAUUUCAAAUAAAUCUAUUAGAAUGGAAAAUGAUUAAUAAAGAUACUUCUAGAAGAAAAGAUUUAGAAGUUCCCUCACCCACCAAAUCCAAUCGAAACACCCACAAUAAAAGGAGAUCCAUCAAGUUGCCAUCCCUUUUAAGACCUUUAAGUCUAAGGAGAUCUCCCUGUACAUCACCGAAGAAAGUCAGAUCCUCUUCUUAAUCUUAGCAUUCUUGUUUUUAUAAUAAUUAGAAUGGCUAACAGAGCUGUGAUUAUUAGAACAAUAGUUCAUCUAUUAAUACAACUAUUAAUUAUGUUUAGGAAAGAAUACAAUUAUAGAAACUUAAGAAGAAAGCAGCUAUGUUAAAACUCUUUGAAGUUGAAAUGAAUAAAAGAGCAGUGUUUUAAGAUGAUUGCAAUGUCACUGAAAAAUUAAAAACUUCAAUAAUUCUAAUAGGAAAUCCAAAACAGGAUCUAAAAUUAACAAAAGGUGCAUUAACUGAAUUUGGAUAAUAGAUUGUAUCAAAAUUUCUUCUUCCUUUAAGUAAUGGCUAAAAUACGAUAUAUGGGAAAAAACCAUGUGCUCGUGAUGGACAUGCAGUUGCAAUAAUCGAUGAUUAAAUGGUUCUCUUUGGAGGUGAUAGACAUACUAUGUCUUUUAAUGACCUCUAUCUUUUAAAUUUAAAGUAGUUCUGA